AUGGCGGAGAGUACGGAACUAAAGCAAAUGGUAAUGAGCCUUCGAGUUUCAGAGCUGCAAGUUUUGUUGGGCUUCGCCGGGCGGAAUAAGCAUGGGCGCAAACACGAACUAUUGACCAAAGCGCUUCACCUAGUAAAGGCUGGUUGCAGCCCUGCCAUGCAGAUGAAGAUUAAAGAGCUCUACAGACGGAGAUUUCCAACCAAAAUGGUUUCACCGGUGGACCUGGCACUGCCUGGCGUCCAUUCUGCCUCCAGCCUUCCCGCGGGCCUCUUCGACAGCCAUGGUUCCCCCUCGCCGCUGUUGCCUGUUUCACUGCUCGGGCCCAAGCAUGAGCUCGGUCUGCCUCACCUGCCCUCUACCUUGCACCCUGUUCACCCCGACGUCAAACUGCAGAGAUUGCCCUUCUACGACGUGCUCGAUGAGCUCAUUAAGCCCACCAGUCUGACCUCCGACAACAGUCAGCGGUUCCAGGAAGCUUGUUAUGCCUUUGCUUUAACGCCGCUACAAGUUCAACAGAUCAGCAGUUCAAUGGACAUAUCGGGGACCAAAUGUGACUUUGCUGUUCAAGUCCAAUUAAGGUUUUGCCUAUCAGAGACAAGCUGUCCACAGGAAGAUCAUUUCCCACCAAAUCUCUGUGUGAAGGUGAAUGGAAAGCCCUGCAAUCUCCCUGGAUAUCUUCCUCCCACCAAAAAUGGAGUUGAACCAAAAAGACCCAGUCGCCCUAUAAACAUAACUUCCCUCGUGCGACUGUCCACUACAGUCCCCAACACAAUUGUUGUAUCAUGGACCUCAGAAAUUGGGAGGAGUUUUUCCAUGGCUGUUUAUUUGGUAAUGCAGCAGUCGUCCGCGGUGUUAUUGCAAAGACUACGAGCCAGAGGAAUUAGGAACCCGGACCACUCCAGAGCUUUGAUCAAAGAAAAACUGACAGCUGAUCCCGAAAGUGAGAUUGCCACCACCAGUCUUCGAGUGUCUCUUCUGUGUCCUCUUGGAAAGAUGAGGCUGACAAUUGCGUGCCGAGCGUUGACAUGCUCCCACCUCCAGUGCUUUGAUGCAACACUUUAUAUCCAAAUGAAUGAGAAGAAGCCCACAUGGGUUUGUCCGGUGUGUGACAAGAAGGCACCGUACGAGCACCUCAUUAUUGAUGGGUUGUUUAUGGAAAUCCUGAACAGCUGUUCUGACUGCGAUGAAAUCCAGUUCAAAGAGGAUGGCAGUUGGGCGCCAAUGAAGUCAAAAAAAGAAGUACAGGAGGUUUCUGCCCCCUACUACGGAGUAGACAGCAGUGCGUAGUACAUUGUUUUCCACCAAGAACAGAAACAUGGGUCAUCCAAUGAGAACGCUAAAAAAGUGGAUGUGAUUGACCUGACACUGGACAGCUCAUCGGAAGAGGAGCAAGAAGACGAGUCGCCUCCUAAAAGACCCUGUCCGUCUCUCUCGCCUAUCUCUCCACCUCCAACAAAAGGAGUAUUGAACCUUCACAACCAGACGUCACCUGUGACGAGAGCUCCCAGUAUGCCCCCUCUAGAGACCAGCUACAUUCCUCCCCCGCCACCACUUAUUCAGGACUACCGCCACUUUUAUCACUCUAGCCUUUUCCUUUAUUUUCUUUUAGAUUUAAAUUUCUUCUCCUUCCUCCAAGGUGACAAUCAGCAUUAUAACAUGGUGAUGGCCGCCGCAGCGGCCGCGUCAGCUUCAGAGGACCCGGACCUGCUUCUCAACCGCUACCUGCCCUACGGCUCAUCCCCCAUGUUGCGGGAGCCGCCGGGCACGCCAGGCAGCAGCACGCUGGUAGCCACCAACGGAGGCAGCAACAGCGGCAGCACCAGCAGUUUGGUCUCUUCCAGCAGUCUGCGGGACAAAGACCGAGAGCGUGAUAGAGACAGCCACACCAUCUCGGGACUGUCGAGGUCUUCAGUAGAGGCGGCAGCAGCAGCGGCGGCAAUUUAUGGCUCGAUAUCUGACGUCAUCUCUCUGGAUUAG